GAACGUCAUCAGUUUGAUUUGAACAAGCGACUGUGAAACGAUCGCAAAGCUAUUCGGAGAAGAAUUUCUCUGCGAUUCUACAAUUCUACGAAGUCUCGAAGUUAAAAAGUAAUUCAGAAAGAUGUCUCUGCUACCAUUCCUGUUGGAUUACGAGAUGAACCGCCCACGCCUCAUGGAACAGCACUUUGGCUUGGGGCUGACGCCAGAAGACCUUCUCCAAGCCGCUGCUGCGCCGUUGGUGAACAGAGAGUACUACAGACCCUGGCGCCACCUCGCAGCAGCCGCACGUGACGUCGGAUCCUCCAUCAAGUCUGACAAGGAUAAGUUCCAAGUGAAUCUCGACGUGCAACAUUUUGCGCCGGAGGAAAUUUCUGUGAAGACUGUUGACGGUUACAUCGUGGUUGAAGGCAAACACGAAGAGAAGAAAGACCAGCACGGAUUCAUUUCCCGCCAGUUUACACGACGUUACGCGUUGCCUGAAGGUUGCGUGCCCGAAACAGUGGAGUCUAGGCUGUCUUCGGAUGGAGUCCUCACUGUGACUGCUCCCAGGAACGUGCCUUUAGCUGUCCAGGGUGAGCGCCAAGUCCCCAUCACUCAGACCGGACCAGUUCGUAAGGAAGUGAAAGACCAGGCUAAUGGUGACAAGUAAAUGAUGAUCUCUGUUAAUUUUAGUCAUUCCUCUCAUUACUUUUACUGCUUGUAAGACUGAAUUUUUUAAGUUAAUAAAUACUGGUAAUUCAUAAAA